UUCGUGUUGGAUUGGAGUAGAGACAAUCAUCACGAAGCUGUGGUUAACACACUAGCUGAUAGGUACAACGCUUACCACUAUGAAUUACACAAGCACUACAAGAAAUUUGAUUCGCAUGAGGAGGCAUUAGCUGGUCGGAAGGAAUGGGUGGAGCCACACGUAUGGGAGUGGCUAUGUGAAAUGUGGGCCAGCCCCAAAUUCAAGGAGCAAUCUCGUAGGAACAGUAACAAUAGGAAAAAAUAGAAGAUUAAACAUACAAGUGGGAGGAAAUCAUUUGUUAGGCUUAUGGAAGAGAGGGGUGAGGAGGCUUGUAAUAUGAUAGAGUUUUACAAAGAAACACACUGGUCCAAUAAGAAGGGUAAAUUCAUCAAUGCAGCUAGUGAACACAAUUAUAAUCUGAUGCUUGAGAGGUUGGGUGAGAAAGAAACUGAAGAGGAUGUUGAACUUGACAAUGGUGAUGUUUUCAAAGAGGUGUUGGGGUUCAAGUCUGGCUACGCACUAGGGCUGGGCCACUCUGUCAUACUUGAGCCCUCCCCGUUCAUGAAAAAGAACAAGGCAUUCAAACGUAUAGCUGAGGAGAAUGCAAGGAACAAGGAAUCUGCUGACUUAUAUAAGAGUAAACUAGAAGCACUGCUGGGUGAUAUGGCUGAGCUGCGAAAACAGUUUUCUGAGCAUGACAAACAAAUCAUGGCCAUAUCAUCACAUUUGGGGUCAAGUAGGGAGUCUCAACAAGAGACUCAAGGAGAUGCAUAA